AUAAAAUAUUUACAUCAGAGAACGUUUGUUAUUUGAUUACCAUAAGCAUAUUUUUUUAGGCUGGAUUCACACACGACAACUUGCAUUGCUCGUCUUUAGUUAAUAACGUAGAUAUAUAUAUAUUUGCAUAAAGUAUUAUAAUUAUUAUUGCCUGUCUGUCCCUUCAAAAUUUGCAAUUUGUUUUAUAGUUGCCAUCGCCGCCAAAAGCAGAAAAUCAAAGCGAAUUGAUCUAAUAUUUUUCCAUCUAUUGAAAUUCAUCGACGAAAAAUGGUGUGAAGAAGACCCGAACUCCAGGGACUGACCUUAUCGUAUUUGCACAAAGACCGUUUGAGUCUUGCCGCUUCUUAGAGAAAAAUUUCUGGCAGCACAGCUUGGGGAGUCAACUUGCUACGUCAAUGUACAAGUAUUUGUUUGUCUUUAGUCGUGAGUAAAAUUAAUUUUUAUUGAAUUUUAUACAGUGAACUAUAAUGGAGGAACCAAAAUUAGAACAAUUGCGUGGUAAAAAUCCUGAUCUGAUCAAGUCAAUAUUAAGAGAUUUUAAUAAAAGUAAUGACGAUCUCUUCAAUUUUGCUGCAUUUCAUAUAAAUGGCUGCUGGCACGCAUUGUGGCGAGCGCUUUUUGAUAUCCUUAAAGAUGAUAAUCUAUUUGAGCUUCACGUAGUAACAUUAAAUACUGUCCGCAUUUUAACAAGAGACAAAUCUAGUUUGCUUACUGAAGAUUUAGACAAUGACGUUUUGUGUUUACUUAAGUUGGCGCGCCUGGAACAUCCUGAAGCUAUUGAAGUUAUUGGCGAUUCAAAUACAAAUCAAUGUAAGAAGAUUGCGACUGGUGUAGAUUUAGAUACAGCAAUAGCAGAAGCUGGUAAUGUGAAAUGGAGUGACGACAUAACCAACAUCGUCGUCGAGUCUCUUAAGUGCUUGUGCAACUUAGUAUACCAAAGCGCCGAGUGUCGUCGCCAAUGUAUAAAAUCCAACCUCACAGACACUAUUCUAAAACAUGUCACCUCCUCAAUGCAACAUCCAUCUUCAGUUGAAUAUUUUGAGAUGAAGUUACUUUUUUUAAUAACAGCAAUGGAGCCUGCUAUGCGAACUCGGGUGCAGAUCGAUUUAAAUGGCGUUGCUUAUAUGACGGAAUGGCUUGACGAAAAGCUAGCUGAGAAAGAUGUAACGGAAGAUCAUUUAGAUUUGUUAUGCGAGAUUCUAAAAGUAAUGUUUAACAUUACAAAAAACUCUGAUAGGAGCCCAAAUGAAAAUGAAAUUCAGAGUCGUCAUUUGACUGGUGUGAUUCGAAAUAUACUUUUGAAUUUUGGUGAAAUGAAAAUUGAGCGUGAGCGGAAUGUUAUAAUGCAUGCCGUUAACCUUUUAACAAACAUUUCAGGUAGUUGCUUAACAGAAUUAUUGAUAAAAAGUGAACCCAGCGCACCAUCCACGUCUGCUCCUCAGGUAUUUUAUGAAGGCUAUAAUGUGCGAGCAUUAGAAAUAACAUUGAGAUACUUGAAAAUUGUACUAGAUGAGCAAGAUAAAGCAGCUGCGUCUAACGAACUUGUGUCACCAGCUUUAACGUUACUAGUUAAAUGUGCUCGAAGUGAUAGGAUCAUGCGCCACUAUAUUAGGAGUGUAGUUCUACCUCCAUUGCGAAAUGUGUAUAAACGGCCCGAAGUAGGAAAUGAGCUUCGAAAUCAUCUUUGCCGGUUUUUAACAUUACCCGAAAUGGUAUUACGCGACUUAGCAACAGAAUUAUUAUUUGUGUGCUGCAAAGAGAAUGUUGCUCGGAUGAUAAAGCAUACCGGCUAUGGAAACGCAGCUGGCUUGUUUGCCAAGCGAGGUCUAUUAGGCGGAAGGCAAAUUGAAAACGCAGAUUAUUCUUCUGAUAGCGAAGACAGCGACACAGAGGAAUACAAACAAGUACAACAAAGCAUAAAUCCAGUUAUUGGUUGCUAUGAGCCACCAAAAAAAAGUCCCUUUGAAGGUAUGUCUGAGGAGCAAAAACAAUAUGAGGCUAUGCAACUUGUUAAUUUAAUGGACAAACUACAUAGAUCGGGGGUAGUGCAACCAUGCCGUAUUGGUGAAGACGGGAAGCCACAGCCAGUAGAUCAUAUUCUACAGCUACAGGAGGAAUUACCUCAACAGAAAGCUGAUCAAAAACGUAAAACAUAAAUGACCAAAUAACCGACCAACUUUUACUUCUGCAGAUAAGCCUGAUUUUAGCAUAUAUAAAACUACUAUCUUUACUAUUAAAUAUUAAGCUGUUUUAAUGUUAAAACAUGGUACUAUCGAGGUCUACUAGUCAAAAUGUAAGAUUGUGGUAGACAUUUGUACUAAAAAAUAGUAAAUUCAAAUCUUCUUUCGAAUUAAGAUGUUUUGAAUGUUAAUAAAUAACCAAAGAUUUUUUAAGUAUAUAUUAAGUUUCCGCUUAUAGGCUGAAAUUAACUGUUUAAAUAAAGUAAUGAAUUAUUGUUUGAAAU